GGCGGAAUACAUUGGAUAAGUUUCCGGAUUCCCAGGGUUGGCCUGUGGCGGCAGCGGCGGGGUGAACAAAAGUGAGGAUAAAACUUCAUCGUUUGUGUUACAUCGGGUAUUACGGAGAGGACUAAGCGGCAGCCAUGUCUCAGUCUGGCGAGAAGGGAAAGGUGAGAACCGUCGACCCGGUGGAUGAGUUCACAGAGGCAGCAGGAUAUGUGGGCUUUGCAAACCUCCCCAAUCAGGUGCACAGGAAAUCAGUCAAGAAGGGCUUCGAGUUCACUCUCAUGGUUGUAGGGGAGUCUGGGCUGGGGAAAUCUACACUCAUCAACAGUCUGUUUCUGACUGACCUCUACCCUGAGCGCUACAUACCUGGAGCUGCAGAGAAGAUCGAGCGCACGGUGCAGAUUGAGGCGUCAACGGUAGAGAUUGAGGAGCGCGGUGUUAAACUGCGUCUGACCGUAGUGGACACUCCAGGAUACGGAGAUGCCAUCAACAGCCAGGACUGUUUCAAGACCAUCAUCCAGUACAUUGAUAACCAGUUUGAGCGCUACUUGCAUGACGAGAGUGGGCUGAACCGCCGACACAUCGUAGACAACCGGGUCCACUGCUGCUUCUACUUCAUCUCCCCCUUUGGACACGGACUGAAACCACUGGAUGUUGAGUUCAUGAAGGCCAUCCACAGCAAGGUUAACAUCGUGCCGGUCAUCGCCAAAGCUGACACACUCACUCUAAAGGAGAGGGACCGCCUCAAGAGAAGGAUCCUGGACGAGAUCUCUGAGCAUGGCAUUCGCAUCUACCAGCUGCCCGACGCAGACUCUGAUGAGGAUGAGGAGUUCAAGGAGCAGACACGCGUCCUCAAGGCCAGUAUUCCGUUUGCGGUGAUUGGCUCCAACCAGCUGAUUGAGGUGAAGGGGAAGAAGAUCCGAGGUCGCCUGUACCCCUGGGGUGUGGUGGAGGUGGAGAACCCCGAACACAACGACUUCCUCAAGCUGCGCACCAUGCUAGUUACGCAUAUGCAAGACCUUCAGGAGGUGACUCAGGAUCUACACUACGAGAACUUCCGUUCUGAGCGACUCAAGAGAGCUGGCAGAGCUGUGGAGGAGGAAGGAAUGGACAAGGAUCAGAUCCUGUUGGAGAAGGAAGCAGAGUUGAGGCGAAUGCAGCAGAUGAUUGCUCAGAUGCAGGCCCAGAUGAAGAUGAAGCCGGGAGACGACUGAGACCAGAGGAGAAGAGGAGGGAGGGGAGGUGAGUGGAGGCUGACGCAUCCUACCAGGACUCGCCUCUGUUUGAUUGACAAGCAGCAUGUCAUAUCAGGACUCUCAAUGCCUUUAUGGAUCAUUUGACUGACCGUGGAAGCAGAGGAGAAUGCCGUGGGAAACCUUGGCUAUCAGAUAGGCUAUCUCAACCCCAUUUACAGCACAAACAGAUCAUUGUCAACUCAGAGAAAUAUAGCACUAAAUGCAUUUACACAGCACAACAUACGUGUACACGGUAACAAUUUUAUUUUACGGUUUACUUGUUUCUUGCCAGUAAUACAGGCCCAACUGUCUGUAUAAGUGACUUAUAAGACGUGUUAAGCAACAUCAAUCAUUUUUUAGGCAAAAUGUCUGCAAAUAUCUUGUUCACAGCCAAUAAUAACGCCUUUAUUUGUAUGUAAUUGUAACAAGGAGUUUGUAGGCCUUCACACUUUAUAUGUCACUACAUACAGUACAGACAGUAGAUGAGCAUGUAUGAAUGGCUUACGUACAUGUGAAACCUAUUCUAAAGUGUUAGUGUGUACACGACACCACUCUCUACAAUUAGAUGACCUCAUCAUGCUAGUGUUGACCUAAAUUAUAUGUUAAAAUGUUAUUUGUGUAAUGUAAGCAUUUGUACUUUGUACACACAUGCGCACACUCACUCUCACACAGACACAGACACAGACACAUACACAGACACAUACACAGACACACACACAGACACACACACAGACACACACACAGACACACACACAGACACACACACAGACACACACACAGACACACACACACACACACACACACACACACACACACACACACACACACACACACACACACACACUUAUACAGGGUCGGUUACUAUUGUGUCUGUAUUUUGAUAUUAUUUUUUACAAACCAGCACAAAAGUGGUACUCUUAUUAGAACUGUUUUUGUAUGUAACUGUUAGGUUUUGUCUGUAAUACUGUAACAGACUAAUAUUGAUUAUGAAACAUUACUGUCGACAAAUAUCACAGGAUGUGCCUUUUAACAGUUGUGAUGAUGUACGUGUGUAAUAAUGACGUGUACUGUCUAGAAUAGAUUGAUCUGAAUACGGUACGAGUAAGCAGAACUCAGCAGGAUGUAAGGGACAUUUAUGAAGCAUUAAACAUGUGGACGUUUACACACUGUGCUAAUGUUAUGUAUGUAAAACCAGGCGAUUCUUACAGUGGUUCUGUUUGUUGUGCUUUUUGUGCUCUUAAAUAUAUGACUGAGAAAC